AAGCCAGUUUAGAAACAUGAACUCACGAAAUAACUUUAAAUGGCAGUAAGAGAAGGACAAUUGAUAUGAUGGGAUCAUAUUUAGGACGGGACGGGAACUUCUUGUUGCUGUAUAUCGAGCAAGAUUCUGAAAGUGAAAGCGAAAGUAGGAUUCGCUCUACCGCGCACUGCAACGGAAGUACAGCUAGAUGUGUCAACCAGGAUGCUGUUUCAAGUACCAGUCUACCACUUCUCAACAUGCUGAAGGCUUGCAACGUAUUCCGCGACGUAGUGUUCCAUAGUGCAUGGCGAUGUGAAGAGAACUGUGGUGGCCAGUACAGAUGAAGACUGUGGACACCAUCUGGUAAUGGCAACUUCUGGUGAGCAGUCUAAAGGUCACAUGGCAACUUCUGGUGAGCAGUGUGAAGGUCAAAUGGCAACUUCUGGUGAGCAGUCUGAAGGUCAAAUGGCAACUUCUGGUGAGCAGUCUGAAGGUCCCAUGGCAACCUCUGGUGAGCAGUCUGAAGGUCCCAUGGCAACCUCUGGUGAGCAGUCUGAAGGUCACAUGGCCACUUCUGAGCCUCAAGGACAUUUGGCUAUUUCUGAUGUUGACAUGGCAAGUUCAGCUGGGGAAAUCUUCACAACAGAGGAUGACUCUGGAAACAGCGUGGUCAGUUCAGACGAGGAACCAGGAGGUCACCUGGUAUUGGCUGGUUCAGCUGAGACCGAGGAGGACCUUGAGCUAGUGAGCCAGCCACCAGUGAAAAGAUUAAGAACAGGUGACCAUCCUUCAGGUGGCUUCCAGGUGGCGAACACUCUGAACAUCAUCACUGGACAGGCCGGACAAGGAACACUUGGGAGAGGUACCCUUGAUUUGCGCACAGACGAAGCAAAGAAGAUUUUUCUUGCAACUGAACCCUACAAAGACGUGAAACGAAAACUGAAGGAAUUUGGACAUGUGACCAUCUGCGGGGCUUCGGGAGAAGGCAAGACAACGAUGGCUCUGGUGUUAGGUUCACAGUACAGAGACAAAGGCUACGAGGUCGUGUUUGUGGACAACAUUGAGAAGUUUGACUUAGACCAGUGUCUUAGUAGCCACCCCAGAGUAUUCCUCAUAGUAGAUGACAUGUUUGGUACUGUUGGAUUAUCUGCGAAUACAUCACAGGUGAAAACCUUUCUAAACAACCUUCUCCUCCAUUUAGAACAAAAGGGGAGUGCGGAAAAGCUGCAGUCAGAAAUGCAUGAAAGCAGUGAUGCUGUUGGUAAAUCCAGAAAGAAAGAGCAGAGUCAACCAGAAUUUCAAACAAAAGAUAGUGAUGCUGUUGGUAAAUCCAGAAAGAAAGUGCAGAGUCAACCAGAAUUUCAAACAAAAGAUAGUGAUGCUGUUGGUAAAUCCAGAAAGAAAGUGCAGAGUCAACCAGAAUUUCAAACAAAAGAUAUUCGUGUUGUCUUCACAUCAAAGUCAUACAACUUCCAUGAUGGACUUGCAAAACUGCAGUACGAGGGUUUCAAACUGUUCAAAGGUCAAACUGUAAUGGAUUUAACCACACAAGAUAAAUACUGGCUUUCUGACAAAGAGAAAAUGACAAUAUUUGAACGACAUAGGAAAGCUCUCGGUGACUGCUCCAUGCAACAUAUACCCGAUUACAGUGAGCUGGAAAUCUGUUCAAAUAUCUUUGGAUUCCCUCUUAUUUGUAAACUUUGUUUUGAAUUUUCAUCUUUCUACAAAAAUGGAAAAUCAUUUUUCAAGGAACCACUGUUUUAUCUCAGGUUAGAGCUAAAGCGUUUGCUUGAAGAGAGAAAUGACCGAUCGGCCAUUCUGGUUCUGAUGCUAUUGUGUGAAGACAAAUUGGACCUGAGCAAGUUAGACAGUGAAGGUGAGGAUAAGGAAAUGGACAGCCUGGUCAAAACUGUUUUACAGAUGAUGUCUGACGCUACACGUUCAGGCAUGUACAAAGCAGCUAAAGGUUUUAGAGGUACAUUCUUCACAAGAGGAGACACUGUUGGCUUUGCUCAUUCUUCAAUCUAUGAUGCUUGUGCCUGUGCCUUGUAUAAUAUCAGUCCAAUCUUUGUUUUGAAGCACUGCAGUGAUGACUUUCUGUUUGAAAGGGUACAAGGUGACAAGGUUGAAGAAACCAAAGUUGAUGAUCAUCUCCAUUUGAUAUAUGUCUCAGAGAAUUAUGAUGACCUACUUACCACAAGGUUUACACAGUCUAUUAAACAAGGACAGUUUUCAAAAUCAGUGACACAUCCAAUUCUCAAACAAGACGCCACAGUUUUCAAGCUGCUCGAGAAACUUCAUUGUGAUCGGACAAAACAUCUUUGGUUUCACAAGAAAGAGAAAGGACAAUGUUUUCUGUACUGGGCAGUUCUUGGACAUAAUGCACGUCUAAUUACAGGUAUAGAACACACAACUGGAGAAGAGUUCACUCAAGGAGAAAUCAGUGAGGCCAUGGAAGGAUGUGCACAAAGCAACAAUGUGACAGCAUUGAAAUGGCUGUUCAGCAGGAGUGAGAAACAUGACCAUCAGUUGACACUGAACAGACUUUUGUUGGCAGCUGCUGAAAGUGGCAGCUCUGACAUACUAGUGUAUCUGCUGCAGGAAGGCGCUGAUAUUAACACAAGUGACAGAAACAUGCAAACCAUCUUCCAUCUUGUCUGUAAAUCAGGAAUGGAAAAAACCCUGAAAGUCCUGUUAACCAGGAAACCUGGGAAUAAUGUUAUAAACUCUGUUGAUGUGAAUGGCAGGACCCCUGUCAUGGUAGCAGCACACAAAGGAUCAGAUGGAUGUUUUAAGUUACUGCAGACAACAUCAAAUUUGAAUGUGAAAGAUAAACAUGGCAGCGGAAUUAUUCAUCUUGCCUGUCGUGGUGGGAACACUGCUAUAGUACAACAUGUCCUGUCUCCAUCUAACAUCAACAGCAGAGGGGAGUAUGGAUGGACAGCAGUGAUGCAGGCAGCUGUCAAUGGACAUCAAAGUGUGUUUGACCUCCUUGUGUCCAACCAAGCUGACCUCACACUGGUGGAUACAGAUGGUGACAGUUUACUUCAUCUUGCCUGUCGUGGUGGGAACACUGCUAUAGUACAACAUGUCCUGUCUCCAUCUAACAUCAACAGUACAGGCAGAUAUGGAUGGACAGCAGCAAUGAAUGCAGCUGUCAGUGGACAUCAAAGUGUGUUUGACCUUGUGUGCAACCAAGCUGACCUCACACUGGUGGAUACAGAUGGUGACAGUUUACUUCAUCUUGCCUGUCGUGGUGGGAACACUGCUAUAGUACAACAUGUCCUGUCUCCAUCUAACAUCAACAGCACAGGCAGAUAUGGAUGGACAGCAGCAUUGAAGGCAGCUGUCACUGGACAUCAAAGUGUGUUUGACCUCCUUAUGUCCAACCAAGCUGACCUCACACUGGUGGAUACAUAUGGUGACAGUUUACUUCAUCUUGCCUGUCGUGGUGGGAACACUGCUAUAGUACAACAUGUCCUGUCUCCAUCUAACAUCAACAGCAGAGGGAUGCAUGGAUGGACAGCAGCAAUGAAGGCAGCUGUCACUGGACAUCAAAGUUUGUUUGACCUCCUAGUGUCCAACCAAGCUGACCUCACACUGGUGGAUACAGAUGGUGACAGUUUACUUCAUCUUGCCUGUCGUGGUGGGAACACUGCUAUAGUACAACAUGUCCUGUCUCCAUCUAACAUCAACAGCAGAGGCAGAUAUGGAUGGACAGCAGCAAUGAAGGCAGCUGUCAGUGGACAUCAAAGUUUGUUUGACCUCCUUGUGUCCAACAAAGCUGACCUCACACUGGUGGAUACAGAUGGUGACAGUUUACUUCAUCUUGCCUGUCGUGGUGGGAACACUGCUAUAGUACAACAUGUCCUGUCUCCAUCUAACAUCAACAGCAGAGGGAUGCAUGGAUGGACAGCAGCAAUGAAGGCAGCUGAGUAUGGACAUCAAAGUGUGUUUGACCUCCUUGUGUCCAACCAAGCUGACCUCACACUGGUGGAUACAGAUGGUGACAGUUUACUUCAUCUUGCCUGUCAGGGUGGGAACACUGCUAUAGUACAACAUGUCCUGUCUCCAUCUAACAUCAACAGCAGAGGGGAGUAUGGAUGGACAGCAGUGAUGCAGGCAGCUGUCACUGGACAUCAAAGUGUGUUUGACCUCCUAGUGUCCAACCAAGCUGACCUCACACUGGUGUCUACAUCUGGUGACAGUUUACUUCAUCUUGCCUGUCGUGGUGGGAACACUGCUAUAGUACAACAUGUCCUGUCUCCAUCUAACAUCAACAGCAGAGGGAUGCAUGGAUGGACAGCAGCAAUGGUUGCAGCUGUCACUGGACAUCAAAGUGUGUUUGACCUCCUUGUGUCCAACCAAGCUGACCUCACACUGGUGGAUACAUCUGGUGACAGUUUACUUCAUCUUGCCUGUCAGGGUGGGAACACUGCUAUAGUACAACAUGCCCUGUCUCCAUCUAACAUCAACAGCAGAGGGAUGCAUGGAUGGACAGCAGCAAUGAAGGCAGCUGUCAGUGGACAUCAAAGUGUGUUUGACCUCCUUUUGUCCAACCAAGCUGACCUCACACUGGUGGAUACAUCUGGUGACAGUUUACUUCAUCUUGCCUGUCAGGGUGGGAACACUGCUAUAGUACAACAUGUCCUGUCUCCAUCUAACAUCAACAGCAGAGGGGAGUAUGGAUGGACAGCAGUGAUGCAGGCAGCUGUCACUGGACAUCAAAGUGUGUUUGACCUCCUAGUGUCCAACCAAGCUGACCUCACACUGGUGGAUACAUCUGGUGACAGUUUACUUCAUCUUGCCUGUCAGGGUGGGAACACUGCUAUAGUACAACAUGUCCUGUUUCCAUCUAACAUCAACAGCAGAGGGAGGCAAGGAUACACACCUGUGAUGAAGGCUGUAUUCCAUGGACAUCAAGAUGUGUUUGACCUCCUUGUGUCCAACCAAGCUGACCUCACACUGGUGGAUACAGAUGGUGACAGUUUACUUCAUCUUGCCUGUCGUGGUGGGAACACUGCUAUAGUACAACAUAACCUGUCUCCAUCUAACAUCAACAGCAGAGGGAUGCAUGGAUGGACAGCAGCAAUGGUGGCAGCUGUCAAUGGACAUCAAAGUGUGUUUGACCUCCUAGUGUCCAACCAAGCUGACCUCACACUGGUGGAUACAUCUCGUAAUAGUUUACUUCAUUUUGCCUGUCGUGGUGGGAACACUGCUAUAGUACAACAUGUCCUGUCUCCAUCUAACAUCAACAGCAGAGGGAUGCAUGGGUGGACAGCAGCAAUGGUUGCAGCUGUCACUGGACAUCAAAGUGUGUUUGACCUCCUAGUGUCCAACCAAGCUGACCUCACACUGGUGGAUACAAAUGGUGACAGUUUACUUCAUCUUGCCUGUCAGGGUGGGAACACUGCUAUAGUACAACAUGCCCUGUCUCCAUCUAACAUCAACAGCAGAGGGAUGCAUGGAUGGACAGCAGCAAUGAAGGCAGCUGUCAGUGGACAUCAAAGUGUGUUUGACCUCCUUUUGUCCAACCAAGCUGACCUCACACUGGUGGAUACAGAUGGUGACAGUUUACUUCAUCUUGCCUGUCGUGGUGGGAACACUGCUAUAGUACAACAUGUCCUGUCUCCAUCUAACAUCAACAGCAGAGGGGAGUAUGGAUGGACAGCAGUGAUGCAGGCAGCUGUCACUGGACAUCAAAGUGUGUUUGACCUCCUAGUGUCCAACCAAGCUGACCUCACACUGGUGUCUACAUCUGGUGACAGUUUACUUCAUCUUGCCUGUCAGGGUGGGAACACUGCUAUAGUACAACAUGUCCUGUCUCCAUCUAACAUCAACAGCAGAGGGAGGCAAGGAUACACACCUGUGAUGAAGGCUGUAUUCCAUGGACAUCAAGAUGUGGUUGACCUCCUAGUGCAGCACAAAGCUGACCUCACACUGGUGGAUACAUCUGGUGACAGUUUACUUCAUCUUGCCUGUCAGGGUGGGAACACUGCUAUGGUACAACAUGUCCUGUCUCCAUCUAACAUCAACAGCAGAGGGAGGCAAGGAUACACACCUGUGAUGAAAGCUGUAUUCCAUGGACAUCAAGAUGUGGUUGAGCUCCUUGUGCAGCACAAAGCUGACCUCACACUUCUAACAGACAGUAAUGAGGACAUUGAAUGUGUAGCUGAGAUGGGAGGACAUCCUACACUAGCCAAGUAUCUUCAAACAGUUAAACAUCCUCACUGAUUAAGCUGUGUGUUAUGUGUUCUGAAGGAAAUUUAUUGAGUGUGUAUUGCAACUAUGUUCUACUGUAGAACAUUCAUUCUUGCAGACUUGGAAACACUGUAAACAUUUAGUCAAUACAUUGUGCUUAUUUUGUAUUUAUGGUGAAUAUAUUUCAACAGUAUUGCUUAACAAUUGUUAAGUGGCUGUCAACAUUUGAACCUGUUGCCUACAUAUGCAGGUUAGCUACAGUGCUGAAGCACCAUAUUAACAGUUGAGUCUGAGAGAAAAUUAUUUUUCCCAUUAUUUAAUCUGAAUAUAUAAUAUGAGAGCGAGGUGGAGCUUUUCGUCUCCAAAAGACAGGAAUAUCGUUGAAGUGAUGAUUUUACAAACUUCCCAUCUUUUUCUGAUACGAAGAGCUAACACUGACCAUCCAUGUAUUGCCACUCAGCUAGCAUUGUAGAAAUGUCCUAAUUUUGCUCUAGAGAAGUUUGUACAAAUAUUAUGAUUGUAAAUAUUGGCUCAGUUUGUAAUAAAAUUCAAUCAUCCUUGUA